AUGAAAAGAAAAAGAAAUACUCGAUCUUGUAAUUCCUGCCGUGCUAAAAAAAAAGGGUGUUCUGGCGGUGAAAACGGUGUAAGUUCGUGCAAACUUUGCCGCGAUAAAAGAAUAGAUUGUUCUUACGUAAAAGAAAUAGGACUUUUAGGAGGUUAUUGUGAAAAUCAUCCAGGAGCUGAAAAUGCAAAUGAUAAUAUUUCAUAUUUACAAAACAUUCCUAACGAAUUACUACCAAAUUGUAACAUUCUAUAUCCGCAAAACGGUUUUAUUGAUUCUGAUGGAUCAUCUGAAUAUCACGGGUUUGGAAAUCUGGCCAACAGUUCCCACAACACUUCACAAACGAACAUGCCUCAAGCAAUUGAAACAAUUGGUGAAAAUCUGAAUAGCGCACGUCUAAUUAAAGAAUGUUUAAAGCAUGGUUCCAAAAUUGUUCAUCAUUUAACUGAUUUAGUUCUACUAGAACACCAAUAUCCACAAUCUUUAACAUCACCAACAUUAAAUGAAAAUCUUAAGAAUCUUCUGAUAACCUUACAGUCAGAAUCUUCUCAGAUUGAAAAAAUAGCUACCGAGCAAACUAACAACCUAGAAUCAUCCCCGUUGGACCAAUUUUCUA